UUCUUCAUCCUCUUCAACAAAUUAAAACAAAACAGUCUCCAUUUGACACAGUCCUAGUGGUGUACUACUUAUUAUGGCCACACCAGCAUCCAUCACUAAUGUCACUGUGGAGUUCCUUCAAUUCCCCGCACUGGUGACACCUCCUGGCUCUACCAAAUCCUAUUUCCUUGGCGGCGCAGGGGUGAGAGGGUUGAAUAUUCAAGAAGAAUUUGUGAAGUUCACGGGAAUAGGUGUUUAUUUGGAAGACAAGGCCGUGUCAUCACUCGCUGCCAAAUGGAAGGGCAAGAGUGCAGCUGAAUUGCUCGACUCCCUUGACUUCUACAGAGAUAUCAUCAAAGGCCCCUUUGAGAAGUUAAUUCGAGGGUCAAAGUUAAGAACAUUGGAUGGUCGUGAAUACGUAAGGAAGGUAUCAGAGAACUGUGUGGCACAUAUGCAAUCUGUUGGGACUUACAGUGAUGAGGAGGAAAAAGCUAUUGAGGAAUUUAGAAAUGCUUUCAAGGAUCAAAAUUUCCCACCAGGCUCCACUGUUUUCUACAAACAAUCACCCACUGGAACAUUGGGGCUUAGUUUCUCGAAAGAUGAGACAAUACCAGAACAUGAGCAUGCAGUGAUAGACAACAAGCCACUUUCGGAGGCAGUGCUGGAGACUAUGAUCGGAGAGAUUCCUGUUUCCCCUGCUUUGAAAGAGAGUUUGGCUACAAGGUUUCAUCAGUUCUUCAAAGAGUUAGAGGCCAAUCCCAACAUUGAAAACUGAGAGUUGCAGCAGUUGCCAACUAUCUUUAGAAGACCUUGGAAACAAGAAGAAGAACAGCAAAAAUUUGAAGAGACAUCUAAAUAAUGUAACCCCCCCCUCCCCGCAGUUAUGUGUGCACUUUGGUGGAUUUGUACCCCAUUUAAUAAACGAGCAAACCAGUUAUUGCUAAUCAUUUUAGUGUGCGUUACUUAUCAAAAUAAGAGAAGAUGUUUGCAUAAAAAAAAAUUAAAAUUAA